CGGAUAGCAGCUUCCUACUGGCCAACGCGCAAAUCGUGGACUUCCCCAUCGUGUACUGCAACGAAUCCUUCUGCAAGAUCUCGGGCUACAAUAGGGCCGAGGUCAUGCAGAAGUCGUGCCGCUGUAGCUUCAUGUAUGGGGAGCUCACGGACAAGGAGACGAUCGCGCGCGUGGACGAGUGCCUGGAGAACCAGAUCCACGACCAGUUCGAGAUCCUGCUCUACAAGAAGAACACGUCCAAUGCCCUGU